GGAAGAGGAAUGUCCAGGAUGACGUCGCGUGUCCGGGGUAUGCGGGAUUCGUAACCACAUUAAUUUAACUACGCCUUCUCCAGUCUGAGGUCCUGGUAGGCAUUACACAGGAAGAAAAGCGUUGUAGGAAAAAGAAAACGGGACGCCCUCCUCCGUCUCCUCCUCCUCCUCUUCCUCUUCCUCCUCCUCCUCCUCCUCCUGGCGGAUAACGGUGUCCAAGAAGUUAUUCAGGACGCAGACAAUAGCGCGGAGACUGUGGUUACUAUCCUUGCUUUGAUAUCGGUCCAUCACUUCCUCUUAAUGCUGCUCGUGUCUCUAUUGUACCACACAAAGAGGAAAACACUCGGCUGAAAUUGUAUGAUGGAUGAUCUGGGAGUGCCUGAGCCACCUAAUUACCCUCUCAGUCCUCGUAUUGUUGUGUUUGAUGCCCUCCUUGCUGAUCUGGAGAACACCGGCUCUCCUCUGGCUCGGUGUCCUGUGCUGCUGACCUCUGACCCCCCACAAAAUGUUGAUCCUACCACCGAGGACACCACACAAACCCGACCACCACCACCAGCCUACACCCCACAGCAGACAGUUUCUUCUGCAAUGAAAUCUACCCAGAACUCCAAUCCAGACAAAUUGUACAGCACAGUGUGUAAACCACGCUCUCCCCGCACGGCAGAUCCUCCCCCGGCUUUCUCUUCCUCCUCGCUGUUGGGUGGAGGCCUGAGUGAACUGGACCAUCUGUUACAGGAGCUGAAUGCCACCCAGUUCAACAUCACAGAUGAGAUCCUGGCCCAGUUCCCUUCUUCUAAAAAGGAUGACAGGGACAAGAUAAAGGAUAAGGCCACCACAUCCUGUUCCAGCUCUGCAAAGCCGUCAGCAACAUCAGCCACACUGGAACUGGACAAACUGAUGGCUUCUCUGUCAGACUUCAGAGUCCAGAGCACGCCAGCUGCACCUGUCACCCCAGUAGUGGCAGCACCACAGCAGCCCGCCACCCCACCACAGCCCUCGUCUGGCGGCUCAUUGGACAGCAUGCUCGGGCUGCUUCAGUCAGACUUGAGCAGACAAGGAGUUCAAACAUCAUCCAAAGGAAACUGUUCGGCUUGUCAAAAGCCAGUGGUAGGACAGGUGGUCACAGCUCUGGGGAAGGUGUGGCACCCAGAGCACUUUGUGUGCUCGAAGUGUGAGACAGAGUUGGGCAGUCGCAACUUCUUUGAGAAGGAUGGACGGCCGUACUGUGAGUCGGACUACUUCACCCUCUUCUCCCCUCACUGUGCCCAGUGCAACAAGCCAAUUCUGAAUAAAAUGGUGACAGCUUUGGAUAAGAACUGGCACCCAGAGUGUUUCUGCUGUGUAAAGUGCAGUCGAGCGUUUGGAGAGGAAGGUUUCCAUGACCGUGAGGGCCAGCAGUACUGCCAGCAGUGUUUCUUGACUCUGUUUGCUUCACGCUGCCAAGGCUGCAGCCAGCCCAUCCUGGAAAACUACAUCUCAGCUCUCAACUCUCUCUGGCAUCCGCAGUGUUUCGUUUGCAGGGAGUGCUACAGCCCUUUCGUCAACGGCAGCUUCUUUGAACACGAGGGACAGCCUCUGUGUGAGGCCCACUACCACCAGUCCCGUGGCAGCAUGUGUCAGGCCUGCAAGCAACCCAUCCUGGGCCGCUGCGUCACCGCCAUGGGGGCCAAGUUUCACCCCGACCACCUGGUGUGUGACUUCUGCCAGAAGCCCCUGAGCAAAGGCUGCUUCAAGGAACAGGAUAACAAGCCGUACUGCCAUCCCUGCUUCAUCAAACUCUGUGGUUAAGAGUCUGAGUUCUUGUUCUGUUAUUUUUUUACUGUGGGAGUGAGGGUGGAGCCGGUCUCUUUCUUGGUUUUAAGAUCAUUAGAGUUGAAACACAGAGAACUUUCCAACCCUAUAUUUUUCUUUAUUACGCAAAAAAAAUGGACUGCAUUUGGACUUGAGCAUUGGUCAGACAGAUACAAAAAGAUACCAAAUGUUUCUUGUCAUGUAUGUAAAUCUUUUACAUACUGUAUUGAUUCAAAUUGAAUAUGUAAAAAAAUAUAUUUUACCAAAGAUUGAAAAGAAACAGUCUUAUUGUUUCAGUGAAGGACUUUUGUGAAAGGAAAUCCCCUUUAAUAUAUUUGCUUUAAAUGGCAAACUGUAAAAGUGCCAAUGCAAUUGCAUUUAUAUACUGUAUGCUGCUUGCCUUAUAAUGUAUGUUUUUGUGUAACAACCUAGGCUUUCAUAUGUUUAAUGUCAGAUAUUUUGCAUUAUUGUUUCACAUCUGCUCUAUGCAAUCACCAAAGACAUUUCCAAAGAAUACAAUAAAGAAGAACACAGAUUG